UCUCGCCGGACCCCCGGCCCCCGAUGGCUCGGAUGGGGCUCGCGGGCGCUGCUGGACGAUGGUGGGGAUUCGCUGUCUGCUUGACUGCUGUCUUCUUCCCAGGUGCCCUCACACAGGUGGUGCAGGUGAACGACUCCAUGUACGGCUUCAUCGGCACAGACGUGGUACUGCACUGCAGCUUUGCCAACCCGAUGCCCAGUGUGAAGAUCACACAGGUCACAUGGCAGAAGGCCACCAAUGGCACUAAGCAAAACGUGGCCAUCUACAACCCGGCCAUGGGCGUCUCCGUGCUGGCUCCCUACCGCGAGCGCGUGCAGUUCCUCAGGCCCUCCUUCACUGAUGGCACCAUCCGCCUCUCCCGCCUGGAGCUGGAGGAUGAAGGCGUCUACAUCUGCGAGUUUGCCACCUUCCCUACAGGCAACCGUGAGAGCCAGCUCAAUCUCACUGUGAUGGCCAAACCCACCAACUGGAUAGAAGGUACCCAGGCUGUGCUUCAGGCCAAGAAGGGACUGGAUGACAAGGUCCUGGUGGCCACCUGCACAUCAGCCAAUGGGAAGCCUCCCAGUGUGGUGUCCUGGGAAACGAGGCUAAAAGGUGAAGCUGAGUACCAGGAGAUCCGGAACCCCAAUGGCACAGUGACAGUCAUCAGCCGUUACCGCCUUGUGCCCAGCCGGGAAGCCCACCAGCAGUCCCUGGCCUGCAUUGUCAACUACCACAUGGACCGCUUCAAGGACAGCCUCACCCUCAAUGUGCAGUAUGAGCCAGAGGUGACCAUCGAGGGGUUUGACGGCAACUGGUACCUGCAGCGGACGGAUGUGAAGCUCACGUGCAAAGCUGAUGCUAAUCCUCCAGCCACUGAGUACCACUGGACUACGCUGAAUGGCUCUCUCCCCAAGGGUGUGGAGCCCCAGAACAGAACCCUCUUCUUCAGGGGGCCUAUCACCUACAGCCUGGCAGGGACCUAUGUCUGUGAGGCCACCAACCCCAUUGGCACGCGCUCGGGCCAGGUGGAAGUCAACAUCACAGAAUUCCCCUACACCCCGUCUCCUCCUGAACAUGGGCGGCGCGCGGGGCCAGUACCCACGGCCAUCAUUGGGGGCGUGGCGGGGAGCGUCCUGCUGGUCCUGAUUGUGGUCGGCGCUAUCGUGGUGGCCCUGCGCCGGCGCCGGCACACCUUCAAGGGUGACUACAGCACCAAGAAGCACGUAUAUGGCAACGGCUACAGCAAGGCAGGCAUCCCUCAGCACCACCCACCCAUGGCACAGAACCUGCAGUACCCCGAUGACUCAGAUGAUGAGAAGAAGGCCGGCCCGCUGGGUGGGAGCAGCUGUGAGGAGGAAGAGGAGGAAGAGGGUGGGGGUGACCGCAAAGUGGGUGCCCCCCACCCUAAAUACGAUGAGGACGCCAAGCGGCCACCCUACUUCACGGUGGAUGAAGCCGAGGCCUGUCAGGACGGCUACGGGGACCGGACUCUGGGCUACCAGUACGACCCUGAGCAGCUGGACUUGGCUGAGAACAUGGUUUCUCAGAAUGACGGGUCUUUCAUUUCCAAGAAGGAGUGGUACGUGUAGCCCCACUCUGGGGCCUCUGUCUGUGCCCAGAUCUCCUCGCCCCUACCCGCACGACCCCUUCCUACCCCACUGCCGGCUCCUCCAGGAGCUGGACAGAGACUCAGCCCCCUGCCCAAAGCCAGCCCUGAACUCCUGGGAAGCCAGGCAAGCAUAGGGCAGCCCCGACUUGGCUUUGUUUUUAUUUCCUCCCUCUCCCAGCCCUCCCCUAUGGUGUUGUGUUCAACUGUGGCUUUGGUGUUGCUGUACCUUUCUUCAAUGACCCCACCUACUGCCCUCUGUGUAGGGAGCCCUGUUCUUGUCUUGUGUACCUGGGCAUCCCUCCAGGGUUUGGGGAGCCAGCCCUCCCCGGCCCCCCAACACUGGAAUUUGUUUGUGUUCCCUUUGUUGGGGGUGGAGCACUAAGGGGCUCCAAGAGGAAGAGCCCCCCACCCCCACCACCCAAUGCUGCUCCUCUUCCCAAGGAGAGGGAACCCAACACCCCCACCAUAAGCUGAUGCAGCUGGGGUUUGGGGCCUCAGUCUAGACAGCCGGUGCAACUAAGAGGUAGGGGGUGGGGUGUGACUUCUCCAGAGCACCCAGGGAAGUCUUGUUUGUUAAAUGAUUCUGUUGAGGUUCCCACCUGGAGCUUGGGCAGUGUGCUUUCCUGGUGAAGGUGGUUUUACAUAUUUUUCCUCAUUGGUUUACAGAGUCAAUUGACCCAGCUCUGGUGCCUCCCUCCCCUUACCCAGUCUGUUCCCUGCAUAGGGAGGACCCCAAGUGGACUCUGCCCACACUUCCCAUAUGCCUGUGCGCACACAUACACACACGUACAUGCACACACACCACUCGGUUAACACCUGCUCUCCCCCGGGGAUCACAUGCCCUGCCCAGGCUGGACUCUGCCCAAGGCCUGUCCCUCUCUGUUUCACUUCUUCCCGCCUUCCCAGCUAGGGAUAGGAGCAGCCUGUGGAAGCUUCCAGCAACAGCGAAGAUGGAGCUUCCUUGAUGCCACCACUCUAGGGUUUCAAACAGGCCCAACCUCUCCUUACAGCAUGGAAGUUUCUCAGAUUUCUCCCUUAUCUGUCAAGUGCUAGCAACACUUGAUUCUCUUGGAAAGUCAGGGCUGGGAUCCCAGAAGUACCUCCAGGAGUCAGAGGCAAAGUAUCUAUGUGGAGAAGGAAUUCUGCAUGACAGAAGCUCUGCACACAGUCUGGUAGACAGGGGCACAGCUAGCACCUCGCACAUAACGGCCAGCUUAGAUAUCGCGGGCCUCACAAAAAAUGCAAGGGUGGUGGAGAAGCCAGGGAACCCACUGCUCACCCACUCUCUGCUUCCUGCUUAGCUUCCCCUGGAGCCUGCUCUGGGAUGCGAGUACAGAUUCCCUCCUUGAGCGGGACUCUGGGUUCCCCUCAGUCAUCCAGGACUGGACCUUGUCAUGGAUGCAGUGAGGAAGGCCCCUCCCAGCCCUCUCCGUCUCCCAGCUCCAAGUGCCUCAGUUCCUCCAUCUGCCCCCCAGGGCUGUGGCACUCCAGAAGACGUGCCCAUGGGAAAGACUCUGGGAUAACAAGGGUGGGCUCCAAGGGCUCUUAGGCCUGCCUCUUAGGAUCUCGGCUCACUCAGCCCAGGGUGUCAUGCUCUGUUGGAUGGCAAGUGUUGGGGGGAGGGAGGCAGACCACUGUGUGCCCCACGGGCACUGACCCACCCUGCCAUAGGCUUCCUAAGGGAGCCCCUCCAGUCCUCACCUACUCCCUCCCUGGUGCUGCUAUUGAACCCCAGCUGAAGCUCCAUCUCUGCCCUGGCAACACUGGGCCCACCAGCUGGCCCACUUUCACCAGCCCUCACUGCCCUAACCCCAGCCCAGGCCGCCCAGUAGCCACGUAGCAGAAGUCUGAAGCCAUGCCAGCCCUGGAGCGGCUCUCCCCUCUUGGCCCUGGGGGCACUGGAUGAGGUGGAGUUGGGGAGAAAAUUCUGGGAUCGUUUCAGCCACGGGGCAGAGGGAAGUGGAGGAGCUGGGCUGCUUCUCCCACAGUAUUAGUGUCCCCUAGGGCAGGGGAUGUUUCCCACAUUACAGCACUGUCCCAUCCCUCCUCCUCAUGCCAGUCUGGCCUCUCAGCUUGGUCCCCCAACCCCCAGGCAGGAAGCAAGCCAAGGGAUCCACCUGAUAGAGGCAUUUUCUGUCCCCGUGGAGCCCCAAGACAGAAAGGACUCAUCCUCCUGCGUCUCCCCUGCACUGCCACUAACUAUUCCUCAUUUUGUGACAGACCAACGAAGCUUUGGGCCCAGCCAAAGCACUUAGUCCCCACCUCCACGCCUUUCUCCCAAGCAAAGCACAAAUUGUGGGGUCCAUACAGCAUGGGUCAGGAGCCCAGCUGCAGUAUGCCCACUGGGCAGCCGUUAGCCUGGUGAAGAAUGGGCAUGAGGCAGAGAUCAGCAGGUGGCCUGGGGAGACGGGGCUUUCUGGGUCCCACGUAUGUGGGACAAUGGGUACUGAUGCUGGACCACAGACAUAACUAGCAAAGGGAGGUCCAGCCCAGCAGGGAGAUGAGGACGUUUUGCUUCUCCUUCAUGCCUCCAGCAUGAGCUGAGCUGCUUUGCUGAAAAUAAAAUAAACUUGGUAUUAAUUGUGCCAAGGCCCCCCCAGUUGUCAUCCUGCCUCCUGUUGCUCUCCCUGUCUGUGCUCUCUACCCCAUAACCAUGUCUCCUUGCAGAUUUUGGUAUUGUUCUAAUGUGCAACGACCAUCCAAGUCCCCUUUUACCAGAGGAUCUGAAAAGCAGCAGCACAGAAUCAGUGAACACAAGGCUGCAAGCGCAGCCACCUCAGGCCCAGCACACAUGCACACAGCGGCACACACACCUCCCACAGGUCCAAGCACAGGUGUGUGUGUGCAUGUGUGCACAUUCACGCCCAGAUGGGCACUCAGCACAGACAGGUAGACAUGGCAGAAGAAUGGAUAUUCCUGCUGGACACCUUCAAGGAGAAGCGGUGACUUCCCAGUGCUCAGGCCAGAAAGAGACCCACAGAGGCCCUGGUCCUGAGCAUGCGACCCCUCCACCAGCUCCCCAGGUGCCCCAGUCACCAGUCCAAUAACUUUUCUGCCAUCUUCAAGGCAGAAGAAUUGGGACUUGUGUCAGGUGGAUGCAGGCAGCUGACGGAGCCUGGCAGACUUUGGUGUUCCUCUCCUAGAAGAGAGCGGUGCUCCCAGGCCGCUAGGGGUCCAGACAAAUACCCCCGGGCCUGACUGCCAAUAGAAACCCUCUCCUACCGAGAGGCAGGUGAGAUGCCCAGGAGGCUGGGGCUCCAGGCCACGCUGCUGCCACCAUUGCUGCUGCUCUUCUGACCCUGCUGUGAGGAACGGGCUUGGUCAGGAAAAAUGGCUUUCCUUUUUUUGUACAAAUGGAAACAAAAUCCAGGAGAAGCUGCCACCCUCACCUCUGAGUGUGACUCGUUUCCUUUGCUUCAGUUUCUUUGUCACGGUUUUUGUCUUUGGUCCUGGGGACGGCCCAGCAGAUUCUCCUGGUUCUGACCUAAGGGGUGUUUGGAUCACCUCCUUUUACUUGUAUAAAAAAAAGAUGGAUUGAAAAAUGUACUGAGGAAGAAAAAUGUACUUUUUUAUAAAUAAAGUGUUUAACACAAA